AUGCCAGCUUUGCCCUCCAGAUCGCAAGUGCUCUCACUAUAUCGACAAUUUAUCAGAAAUGCCAACAACUUUAGCAAUUACAACUAUAGGAACUACUUCCUUAGAAAAGCCAAAACUUCAUUCAGGCAGAAUAAAACGCUGGAGGAUGUCACGGAGCUGAACGAAGCCUGGAACAAAGCCCAACGUGAACUUGGCGUGCUCAAGAGGCAGUCCGUCAUCUCUCAAAUGUACACCUUUGACAAGCUAGUGGUGGAGCCUCUUCAGUCCUCGCACGACAAACGUCGCCACUGA